AUGUCCACCACGCCCAAGCUCCAGCAAGUCAAGCCCUCCGAGGGCCGCGACGCCGUCUUUCGAGCCCUGCGCGAGGAUGGGGCCGUUAUCAUUAAGGGUCUCUUCACAAAAGACCAGGUUCGCCGGCUCAACCAUGAGGUCCAACCUGCCAUGGACAACAUCGGUUUGGGCUCCAAGCAGUCCGAGGAAUGGCUCAAGGACUUCCACGGCGACAAGACAAAGCGGCUGAACGGCGUGGUCGCGCUCAGUGAGACGUUUCGGCACGAGAUCCUCGAGAACGACCUGAUCCACCAACUGUGUGAGGAGAUUUAUCUCAAAGAUGCGGGCGGGUACUGGAUGAACUCGGCGCAGGUCAUCGACAUCGGCCCGGGGAGCAAGGCGCAGCCGCUGCACCGGGACCAGUGGCAGUUCCCGAUCUUUACGCACUGCGGCCCCGACGCGCCCCAGGCGAGCGUCAACUUCGUCGUGGCCUUGACCGAGUUCACCGACGAGAACGGCGCGACCAGAGUGAUCCCCGGAAGCCACAGGUGGGAUGACCUCCAGCAAAACGGAACGCCCGAAGACACUAUUCCCGCCGAGAUGGAGGUGGGCGACGCCUGUUUCAUCACCGGCAAGGUCGUGCACGGCGGCGGCGCCAACCGCACCAAGGACGUUACGAGGAGGGCUAUCACUCUGGUGUUCCAGUGCUCCUAUCUCACGCCGGAAGAGGCGUAUCCAUUUAUCGUCUCCAAGGAGAUUGCGAAGACGCUCAGUCCACGGGGCCAGCGUAUGAUCGGGUUCCGAUCCCAGUUCCUAAAGGACAGCCCCGGCGUGUGGAAGCGUGACUACGGGGAGGUGGAUGAGGCGUAUUGUUAA